AGGAACGUAAACAGUGGCUGCAGGAUGGUAGUAAGAAAGUAUGAAAUUCAGUUGCAGAAGAAUCUGUUCUUUUAUCGUUUUAGUGUAUUUAGUCUUUUCUCUUUACGCUGCUUAUAACGUCUUUUUCAAGAGAGCAACAGUUUCUCGAGUCCACAGGGUCACUGUGAGCACGCUUCAGCCUUUAAAGCUAGGUCAUGGAAAAGACCUGGCUCAGUCAGACGAGAGGGGUGACUGGAAUCCAUGGGAAGAGGAUGACAAGUUAGACACUAUUGCUUUACAACAGAAGCACAAAGUCAGUGUUAAAGUACAAGAGCGAAUUGCCCAAAAUAGACCCAAAGUACACAAAGUACAGAUCUGGGGAAAGGCUGCUAUUGGACUUUAUCUCUGGGAACAUAUUCUAGAAGGACAGCUUGAGCCAGCUGAUGCAGCAGCACAAUGGAGAGAAGGGGAAUUGCGUUCAGGGAAAUUACAUUUCAGUUUUUACACAGGCCCUGCAGUUGUGCCAGGACACAUACCUCUGGAUACAGAUAGUGUCCUUCUGGUGCUGAAUGGAAGAGAGGAACAGAAGAUCUCUUAUGCCACCCAGUGGUUGCAGCACGUACAAACACUAGUGCAGGCACACCAAGUUCUUCACGUGGCAGUGGUGCUCUUGGGUAAUGAGCAGUGCAAUAACAACUGGAUUGAACCAUACCUCAGAAAGCAUGGAGGAUUUGUUGACUUACUUUUCUUGGUCUAUGAUAGCCCCUGGGUCAAUGAAAAAGAUGUGUACCAGUGGCCACUUGGAGUGGCAACGUACAGACGGUUUCCAGUUGUAACCCCCAGAAGUGAGAUGCUGAAUUCAAGAAGACCGUAUCUGUGCAAUUUCUUGGGAACUGUCUACAUGAACUCUUCCAGAGUGACACUAAUGGAGGUUUUGAGACGCAAAGAGCUUGACAAGCAUUGCAUCACUACUGUCAGAGACAAGUGGCUUCCACGUGAGACAGGAGACAGUUUAAGAAAGUAUCAAGAGGCUUUGCUGCAGAGUGAUGUCACCCUGUGUCCUGUUGGAGUAAACACAGAAUGCUACAGGAUUUAUGAAGCCUGCUCGUAUGGCUCUGUCCCUGUUGUGGAAGAUAUCAUGACCCCUGGGAAUUGCGGAAAUUCAUCUGUAGCCCACAGUGCUCCUUUACAAUUGCUAAAAGCAAUGGGGGCACCAUUUAUAUUUGUUAAAGACUGGGGAGAACUACCUGCUGUGCUAGAAAAGGAGAUACAAAUGACAUUGCUAGAAAAACAUGAAAGAAGAAAAAAACUGGUGGCGUGGUAUAGUCGUUUCAAACUGGAUCUAAAGGAACAAUUAACAGAUGCCAUAGAAAAUACUUUCUUUAAAAGUGGUUGAUAGAUAUGUCUGGAUAUUAAAAAGCUACCUUUUACUGUAAUAAUUGGAUUACUUGCACUCUAUUACAAACGCUAUUGAAAAGUUAAUCGUUUUUUUCACAGUGCUAAUUCUGUUUUUCACCAUUCUGUCCUGUUGUACAUUUGACAAGGAAGUCUAAAGUUAAUGAAAAAUGUGCCAAUGAACAGAAAGUGCUGCAAUUACAUUUUCUCUCUCUCUCUCUCUCGCUCUCUCUCUCUCUCUCUCAUUUAUUAUGUUUUGUUUUUGUUUCAGAGUUUUGAAAAUCUUUAAAAGCAGGAUAAAUGCCAAGAUAUCCUUAAAUGAAAUAGUGAAAUGUAGAGCGUCGUAAACAAAAAAUGAUUGGUACUGUAUUAUUCUGUGGAUAAUAAAUGCCUCAAGCAAAAAAGUAUAUCUUAGCUUGAAGCUUAAGAAGCUAAUUGCAUUCACCUAGCAGUGCAAAUAAACUACAAACACACAAACAUAUGUAAUAUAGAAAACAUUACCAAGUCCAACCUGUGGUAGCAACACUCGUGAGAAACAACACAGAAGAGGUUUCAUCUGCUAUUGUAUAGACAGCUUGUAUACUGUCUAUAAAAUGGGGUCUAACUGAGAAACAGCACUUUGCAUUAAAAUGGUGUGUUCUAAAUACUCAUUGUCUGUUUAGUGCUUUGUGUUCUCAAGAUUAUCAAUGUUUAAUACAAUAUUUCGUCUCAUGCUAUUAAAACCUUGUGUUAAGAUUAA